CAAGUGGCUCCUGUACAACUCAAAAGCUCUGGCCACGGGUUGUCACAGAAACGAUCGAGCUUUCUUCCGCGAAGUCCUAGAUUUUUUUCACGAGGAUGUGCCGGAGCAGAGAAGGUCUUUUAUGACGAGGCUUCUCAAACGAGACACGCAGUCAAAGGUAGUGAUCUGGAAUCCGCCUAAAACCAAUUCUUUUUCUCGGCAGCGUGCCGGCGGCGGUCCACCUGUACGGCUAGUGGACAUGUCUCUGAACCCGAAUCAAAAGGCCUUGGAUGAGAGGUGUCGGCUCGGGAUGGCGACCGAAUUUCUUUUCCAAAAACCCAGCCAAGUAUACGGACGCUAUUUCCCGGUUCGAUUGGGUUAUUGCUUGAACACAUCCGCGGAUCUGUCAGAUGACAAUGGUGCGAGGCCAUGGAUAAACUUUUUUCAUCGUGAUCCUUUACCGCUUGACGCGCAAUAUUACACUGCGUUUCGGAAGAUGUUCCGGAAGAUAGCGCAGAAGUGGCGGACCGAUUCUGAUGGCUCGGACCUUCGCUGGUCGUACGAUCAGCUGCAGUGGGACUGGCGGAGCUUACAUGGGAAACGGUUGAAACACACGCGUGAGUAUCGGGGAAAGCAUCCAAGCCUGCCCGUGCCGGUGAUGUUAGCCGACAGGCCUUCAGAGUUUCUCGUCCAGGUUCCAACAAAAAUCCAGGAUGCCGUGUAG